AUGGACCACGGUGACGUGUCUCUCGCUGAACUGGUGUCCCAGCUGCCGAAGGAGUUGCAGCAGCUGGCCCUCAACCUCACGCCAGAGGACACGGAGUUCUUCAAGACCCUUUUCGAGAACCGUUCCCGGCCGGCCUACGUCAACACCACCACGCACGCGCAGUAUAACCAGUCCAAGGCUUACCAGUAUUGCCACUUCGACUUCGUGGACUGGUACAGCGGCUGGCACUCGCGGCUGGCCCUCUGCAUCGCCCUCUUCGGCGCCGUGGCCAACAUCCUCACAAUGACGACCCUCACUCGCAAGAACAUGGCCACGCCCACCAACCUCAUCCUCGUAGGCCUAGCCGUGGCGGACUUGAUGGUCGUCCUCGAGUACGUUCCUUACGCGGCUUCGAAGCUCCUCGGGGGGCAGCAGCUGAAGGAGUCGUGGGAACACGCGCUCUACGUCCUGGUCCACGCGCACCUGUCGCAGGUGUGCCAUACGUUCACAAAAUCCAUCACAUCUCGCAUCCCCGACAGCGUGGAUUCUAACCAGCCAAGAGAACAGGCUUCCGCAGUGGAUUCUCAAAAACAGUUCACACCCAAAUAA